CUGGCGUUAGGACCUAGUUUAUGUUUCUUUGCGCUGUGUUCAACUGAGGUUUGCUUCAGUGGUUCAAGCAACAUCGAGUUGAUCGCGCCGGUGCAACGGUUACAGGUGAACGGCAAGAGUGGCUUCCAAUAUCAUUUGGGAUGGAAUGAACAGUCAGGAUUCAAGGCAGUUUCCAUUUUCUCUCGUGCCAAAUUUUGUUGGGUGCUUUUUUAUUUGUAGCCUACUUUAGGCACUUCUUCAGUGGGAUCUGCGCUUAAGGCUUGACUGUCAGCAAUGAGAGCACGGAGCUUAAACUUUCAGGCAAUGUUUUCGUUGGUGGUACUGUGGCAGACAAGAUCAAGAGCAGAAUCCAAUUCCACAGAUGUCUUCAAGAAUAACAUCAAAACCUUCACCAAAAUAUUGGACAGCCUUCUGGAUGGCUAUGACAAUAGGCUGAGACCUGGACUUGGGGAUCGGGUGACAGAGGUCAAGACUGAUAUUUAUGUCACCAGUUUUGGUCCUGUAUCAGACACAGAUAUGGAGUACACUGUUGAUGUAUUUUUCCGCCAGAGUUGGAAGGAUGAGCGAUUGAAGUUCCAUGGGCCAAUGAAUAUCCUGCGACUAAACAAUCUAAUGGCGAGUAAAAUCUGGACUCCAGACACUUUUUUUCAUAACGGGAAGAAGUCCGUAGCUCACAACAUGACCAUGCCCAACAAACUUCUCAGAAUCAUGGACAAUGGAACUCUGCUGUACACCAUGAGGUUAACAGUCCAGGCGGAAUGCCCCAUGCACCUUGAAGAUUUCCCCAUGGACUCCCACUCCUGUCCACUGAAGUUUGGCAGCUAUGCCUACACCAUGACAGAAGUUACUUACAUUUGGACUAGGAAUGCAUCAGCGUCUGUGGUGGUAGCCCCAGAUGGAUCCCGACUGAACCAAUAUGACUUGCUGGGUCAAACAGUGGAAAAUAACACAAUCAAAUCUAGCACUGGCGAGUACACAGUCAUGAUGGCCCAUUUCCAUCUGAAGAGAAAGAUUGGUUACUUUGUUAUCCAGACCUAUCUUCCCUGCAUCAUGACCGUCAUCCUCUCCCAGGUCUCCUUCUGGCUAAACCGUGAAUCUGUGCCAGCCAGGACUGUCUUUGGUGUUACAACAGUACUCACUAUGACAACCCUCAGUAUUAGUGCCCGUAAUUCCUUGCCUAAAGUUGCCUACGCUACCGCCAUGGAUUGGUUCAUUGCAGUGUGUUAUGCCUUCGUUUUCUCUGCACUCAUCGAAUUUGCUACAGUCAACUACUUCACCAAAAGAGGCUGGGCCUGGGAUGGCAAAAGUGUGGUCAAUGACAAGAAAAAAGAGGCAUCUGUCACGAAGAAGAACAAUGCAUUUGCAGUUGCUGUGGCAAACUAUGGUCCAAAUGUCACCAAGGACACGGGACUGUCCACUAUAGCCAAAAGUGCUGCCACCGACAAGUCCAAACCAGAGCCCAAACCAGAGCAGAACAAGAAGACCUUCAACAGUGUGAGCAAAAUCGACCGCAUGUCCCGGAUCAUGUUUCCUGUGCUCUUUAGCAGUUUCAACUUGGUCUACUGGGCCACAUACCUCAACAGAGAACUGGUUAUACACAACAUGGUCCCAUCAAAUUAACAAAAACCUAAAAGAGUGUUCACACCGAGACUGAGACUCAUUUUUGUGUGAAUUUGGUUACUUGCAAAGUCUUGGAGUUUAUUUUCCACUGCAUUUAUUGGAAAUUACAUUUUUCAUUUACAUUUUUUGCUUGUAGCAUAUGGAUUCGUUUUAACUUUGAAAUGAAUAAAAUGUAGCAAAGCUGACUUGUAGUAUAGCAUACUACUUUUCAGA